CCGACCGUCGCGACCCAUUUGGAGCUCGAACAGCAUAUCACGCCGCGCGAAACCACCGCAUCGCAGUGCGUUCCUGUCCCUGUGUCUGUGUCUGCCCUUCGCCGUCCGCUGCCGUCUGUUUCGAGACGUUUGCGGCACAGCUCGUUCAAAGGCCACACAAGCCGCGCCUGCCCAAGCCCAAGCUUCGCUUCACCUGGGGUGCUCCAAUUCAACCACUCCCUGGCUCGAUUCGCGCUCCUCGGACUCGCAACGCAGUACCUGAGUGCGCGCACGCAGGCGAUUCUGAGCGUCGUCGCUCGCAGCCGGCAUGGCGGACACGAAUGAGAGCAUCCAGACCAAGAUUCAGAUAGCGAGGAGAGACGCGGAGGCGCUCAAGGACCGAAUAAAGCGCAAGAAGGAUGAGCUUGCAGAUACCACACUCCGCGAUGUCGCGCGACGACAGACAGAGCAGCUGCCGAGACUGGCCAUGAAGACGAAGCGUACCCUGAAGGGACAUUUGGCCAAAAUUUACGCGAUGCACUGGUCCACCGACCGCAGACAUCUGGUGUCAGCCUCGCAGGACGGCAAGCUGAUCAUCUGGGAUGCCUACACUACCAACAAAGUGCACGCCAUCCCCCUCCGGUCGUCCUGGGUCAUGACAUGCGCAUACUCACCCAGCGGUAACUACGUGGCCUGCGGCGGCCUCGACAACAUUUGCUCCAUCUACAACCUUUCCGCUCGCGAGGGGCCUACACGAGUUGCUCGUGAGCUCAGUGGCCACUCGGGGUAUCUCAGUUGUUGCAGAUUCAUCAACGACAGGCGCAUUCUCACAUCCUCGGGAGACAUGACCUGUGUGCUCUGGGAUAUUGAGACUGGACAAAAGAUUACCGAAUUUGCUGAUCAUCUGGGCGAUGUGAUGAGCUUGAGCAUAAAUCCUCUGGAUAACAACCAAUUUGUGUCUGGAGCCUGUGAUGCAUUCGCGAAGCUGUGGGAUAUCAGACAGCAAAAGUGCACGCAAACGUUUGCUGCUCACGACUCCGACAUCAACGCUAUUCAAUUCUUCCCUAACGGCAACGCGUUUGGUACUGGCUCUGAUGAUGCAUCCUGCCGGCUGUUUGACAUUCGUGCGGACAGGGAGCUGCAGGCUUACACGAUCGGCGAGCCCGUUUGUGGUAUCACCUCUGUCGCUUUCUCCGUGUCGGGCCGACUGCUCUUUGCGGGCUACGAUGACUUCGAGUGCAAGGUCUGGGACGUUCUUCGGGGCGAGAGAAUCGGCACUCUUCAGGGGCAUGACAAUCGAGUCAGCUGCCUUGGUGUGAGCAAUGAUGCCAUGUCAUUAUGCACGGGAUCCUGGGACUCAAUGUUGCGGAUCUGGGCAUGAUCAAUAUGAUGGUUCACCGUGAAAUUCGUCGCGGUCGUGAUCAGACUUACAGCACACGAUCCCCGGUCCGCCGACUCGUAUAAUGCCGCCGUAACUCUUCACACAAAUUGACGCUACGCGACACUUCCUUUGUAUCUCGGCAGACGGAAAGUUCAACAUGUACAAGACCUCGCAAUCCAUCUGUCCACUACUGUUCUGGACGGAGCAAGCCGUAUCUUAUACCCAUCAAACGUGGAGGCAUACUGGAUUACAGAGCCCCCGCGAUGCAUGAUCUUCCCCUGAGGCUGCCCGAUUGGGCACUUUCUUUCUUCAAAUUACUCUCUUGAGUAGCUGUACCUGCGUAACCGCCGCAUUGAGCGCUCCAGGCGCUGGCGCACGAUGUAGCAUUUGGGAGGGGUUUCUUCUUCGAUCGAGCUGGCCGCUGUUCCGGCGCACUGUUCAAAUAGCUGUACUGAGCAAGCAACGGUAUCCAAAAGCCGGGCUUUGUCACAGCAUACAAAGCGCUGUGUUCUUGAUUAGAGAUCCAGAUAGUCGAAGAAUUGAUUGACUGUGACAAAGCC